AUGAUAGCCCUAGGUCUUGAAGGCUCUGCUAACAAACUUGGUGUUGGUCUCAUCUCCCAUCCUGCCAAAGGUGGUGCUGCGCACAUACUCUCCAAUAUCCGCCACACUUUCAUCUCCCCACCCGGCGAAGGCUUUCUUCCAAAGGAUACCGCAAAACACCAUCGGUCAUGGAUAAUUAGACUUGUAAAACAGGCCAUGAAAGAGGCUGGACUUCGAGUGGAGGAUAUCGACUGUAUAUGUUACACCAAGGGGCCAGGCAUGGGAGCCCCGCUGCAGAGCGUCGCUGUCGCCGCGAGAAUGUUGGGUCUGCUAUGGGCAAAGAAACUGGUGGGCGUCAAUCACUGUGUUGGGCAUAUUGAAAUGGGUCGCGAAAUCACGGGGGCCCAAAACCCGGUCGUUCUAUACGUUUCAGGAGGAAACACGCAAGUCAUAGCUUAUGCUUCGCAAAGAUAUCGCAUUUUUGGAGAGGCACUCGACAUCGCCGUAGGUAAUUGCCUUGAUCGGUUUGCGCGGACGUUGCGUAUAUCGAAUGAUCCAGCACCGGGCUAUAACAUCGAGCAGAUGGCGAAGCAUGGGAGGCAUCUGGUGGACUUGCCGUAUGCGGUCAAAGGAAUGGACUGCAGCUUCUCGGGAAUUUUAGCAAGCAUUGACAUUCUGGCAGAGAAAUUGGAGGCACAUCGUGGGGAAUGGAAGGAUGAGUUAACAAACGAAGUGAUCACGAGAGAAGAUCUAUGUUUUAGCCUGCAAGAAACGGUCUACGCUAUGCUGGUGGAGAUUACCGAGAGGGCUAUGGCGCAUGUGGGCUCAAGCCAGGUGUUGGUUGUGGGCGGAGUGGGCAGUAACGAGCGGCUGCAGGAGAUGAUGGGAAUGAUGGCUAGGGAUAGACGAGGAACUGUCUUCGCGACCGACGAGAGGUUUUGUAUCGACAACGGGAUCAUGAUUGCUCACGCGGGAUUACUUGCAUAUGAGAAGGGGUCGAUCACGGCUUUAGAGGACAGUACGUGUACACAAAGAUUUAGGACAGACGAGGUAUUCGUCAAAUGGAGAGAAUGA